AUGUUCGAAUGUGUAGGGCGUAGCCUCAGCCUCAGCAACGGUAUCGGCGGCUUCCAUCGCGGCCUGGAAGGCGAAGAAUGCGUCUACGGGGCGGCCGAGGGCGAGACGGUCCUGCUCUCCCUCAAGAAGAAGCACGGCGCCCUCGAGGGCGAGAACGGCAAGUACAAGGAGCUUCUCACCCUGCUUCGCACCAAGCCCGACGACGAGGCCCACGAGAUCCUCCGCCGCAUCAGGAGUGCCGACGAGCCGCUGCUGGUGCUCGUGGAGAUUAGGCACGCCGAGCUGCUCCUCGCCGAGCCGUCGCCGACCAGCGAGAGGGCCUCCCACGACGACAGGCUGCUGCGACUGGACCAGGAGGCCCACGACAGCAGCGUCAUCAAGGUUCCCGCGAAGCCGUGGACCGUCGUGGCCGACGAUGGCCUCGUGUCCGAGCUCAUCACGGAGUACUUUACCUGGGACCACGCGUAUCUGCUGCCGUCUGUCGACCGAGACGUCUUCCUCCAGGAGAUGAGGGGCCGCGAUCCCUCGACGGCACGGUGGUGUUCUCCUCUUCUCGUCAAUGCCAUUUGCGCUCAUAAAUCCCAAGUCGUCGAACGAGCACGGCUCUUUGGCGCCAUGACACGACAAGACAUGACUGAGCGCUUCCUCUAUGAGGCCAAAAGCCUUCUCUACUGUGAACAGGGCCGCGCCUCCAUCCCCACAGCCCAGGCUCUCAUGCUCAUGUUCCUCACGACCACCUGCCUCGGGAGGGACCGAGCCGGCCGCAUAUACCGCCACCACGCCAUCGACAUGAUUCAGCGGCUGAAGAUUGAGGCCAAGUACACUGCGCUACUCGAGGAUUCGCAUGACGAUCCGAGGGAGAGAAGGCUGCUCGCCAAGGCGCUCUGGGGGCUGUUUGUAUUUGAGUCCCGCUCCUCCUUCUUCUACUUUGAGCCCUCGCAGAUUCCGCCUCCGCGAAUCCCCCAGCCUUUCACCGAGGGCGAGUCUUCCCAGCAUCGGCCGUGCGGCAACAUCGACGUCCUGGGGCGGCCGUUUGAGGAGUCGCCCUGUCUGGUGCCUCACGUCCCGGGCAUCAACGCCGCGGCGUGCUCACUGUCGGAGCUGUUUUAUGAAAUCAUGACACACAACGUCAGCGAUGACACGGCGUGGGGGGGCGAGACCGAUUUGCGGAUCCAGAAAAGGCUGUACUCGAGGCUGAAGCGGAUGACGGAGGCGUGGCCCAGGAGAUUCUAUGUCGAGAACAACGUUUCUCCCGGCACGUGCUUUCUCAGAAUGCACGAAAAUGAGGUGGGCUUCGGCAUCGUCCAGGUGACGAGACAUGAGGCCCUCUUCGAAACCCCAGCCAGCCAACCCGGCACCACCAUUGGAGAUCUGUGCCUUCACCACUGCUCAUCCGUCUCCAAAACCAUCGAGGCCUACCUCGCCCGGUGGCCUUUUGACUCGCUACUGUGGCGCCACCUCUACCUAUCCAUGCAGCCUCUGGUCCUCAUGUUCGACAACCCCAUCGCCGUCGACAUCUUCACCAAGAACUGCAUGAUGAUGCGCUACGGCUGCCGCACGUUCCGCGUGUGUGGCCACCUGAUUCAGGCCACACAAGCCUUUGCCUGGGCCAUCAACCAGCCCAUCCCGGACAGCGCCCUCCCCUACCUCGAGGGCUGGACCAGGGAGGAGGCCAAUGGCGAGGAUCUGCCUGUCAGCUUCGCGCUGCCGCAGCAGGACGACGUUAAGGACUUGCUGGCAGCGAACUUGGCCGGGACCGACAACGAAGAGGAUCAGCUCGGCGCUUUGCUCAAGAGAUGGGCACUCGAGUAG